ACAUGUUGCUUAUAUUAAAUACACUACACUGCUUUUUAUAUUCUAUACAAAACAUCAAAUGGCUGCAAAGUAGAAACGCGUGUAGUUGAAAAUACAAAGAGCGGCCACAUUCAUAGUUGAGACGUCAGAAUGGAUUCCACGCAGUUUGUCUAUAGGGCAUACAAGAAGGCUCGACGAAAGUUUGCAAUGAAGGUUUAUAUACUCUUCUUUGUCUGGCUGCUGCUGGCCUUGGCACAAUGGCUUAUAAUUGUAUUUGUCGAUGCGGCUGCUGACAUAUUCUACAAGUAUUAUUACAUAUGCGCUGCGACCUUCAUAUUGGCCAUAAUAUUGCUGGCGGUUUUCAUUUUUGUGGAGAAGCUGCGUUUUAAAAAAGCUGUAGCUUUGAUAUUUGCUUUUAUAAUUGUCGAAUUGCAAGUCAUAUCGCUCUUUUGCUUAAUUGCACGCAUUAAAUUGUUAUACAUGAUUAUAGGAUUUGUUUGCUGCGUACUGCUCAUUUGCUUUUUUCUCAUCGUUGGCGCAUUUCUGCCCAGAAAGUUAGAUUUUACGCUGCAUGUUGCUGUCAUCUUCAUCUUUGCAUUUCUUAUGCUGCUCAUGGCCGUCUUUUUUCUCAUGUGCCACUUGCUUAUAUACGAAAUAUUCACUUAUGCUUUUUGUCUCGUUCAGUUUCCCAUAUCCUUGGCUGUACUACUGUUUGUGAUGUAUCAUGCGCAGACUAUACAUGGGGGAAGAUUUGCGGAAAUGCGUCUGCAUGACUUUGUACUGGCGUCGGUGAUACUUUUUCACGAUUUUCUUAUCAUUUACUGGCUGACGUUCUACUGGAGUCCGUCCAUGGAAGGAAGCACAACGACUAACGAAACUUCGUCCACAGUCGCUAUGAAAAGAUUAUCAACUGCAAGAAAUGCUAGAGUGCACGAUCUUAUGGACGAUAUGUAUGAUCCUCCCAAUAUACGCAAUGGCAUAAUAUAUCCCUACGACAACGAAAAGAAACAUCAAACAACAACAAUAGAGACAACAGAACAAGUCACUGAACCUGCUCUGACGCUGGAUUUUAUGAACGACGAUUUGCUGCAUCGCAAAACCACCCGUUCCAAAGAGAAAAAACGCUGGAAAGGUGAAUUCAGAGUUCGCAAAACUGAAUAUGCGAGAAAGCUGAGGUCCCGAGUAAAUCAUAGAACCGCGCAGUCUAAAGUGAUAACCGAGAAUCAAUUCGAAGAAUGGCAAGACACAACUGUAGUAACCACAAUUUCACCACAAAACAGUCUAGAUUAUCCCUGAGAUGUGAUUUUCGAAUAACUUUACAAUAUAAUAAUCUAGUCCGUUUAGUAAUUUCGCUUAGGUUUGUU